AUGGCAGCGAAGGAGUACGAAACAACCCCGCGGUUGACCCUCGAUGGUGUCAUUGGCUACAGCGGCCGCAUUCCCAACAGUAUCCUUGCGCACCCCAAUGGAGAACAUCUGAUAUACGCUUUGGGAGCGUGCAUUGUCAUUCAGAAAAUAAGUGACCGGUCUUCCUCUGACUUCCUUUACGGCCACAAUGACAAAAUCAGCUACCUGGCCGUGAGCGCAAGCGGCCGUUACAUUGCGUCAGGGCAGAUGGCUCACCCAGGAUUUCAGGCGGACGUUUGCAUUUUCGAUUUCGAACAGCGCCGCAUGAUUCAUCGCAUGCUUCUCCACAAAGUGAAGGUACAGGCGCUCGCAUUCUCUUCAGACGAGCGGUACCUGGCUUCUAUCGGUGGAAUAGACGACAAGGCUGUCGUCGUUUGGGACGUGGCCACGGGUCGUCCACUCUGCGGUGCACCUGCGCACCAUACCGAAUCCAAGACCGUUGUUUUCUACAACAAUAGCAGUGAUAAGCUUAUCACAGCAGGGAUAGGGUCACUCCGUGUGUGGACUAUUGACGGUAAGGAUCGCAAAAUGACCGCAGAAGACGUGAAUGUGGGGAACACCCGUCGCUGCAUCACCUCCGUUGUUGUGGAGGCGACCGACCGCUACGCGUACUGCGGCACAACAACUGGGUACGUGAUGUGUGUGCUGCUGGAACGUGAUGCUCUUGCAUACAAAAUGAGCGGCCCGCAGCAGAUGUUGUCUGGUGGCAUAACUUCAAUGGUGCUUGAUCCCUCAGGUGAUGUGCUUGUGGGAAGUGGUUCCGGUGAAGUGGCAUUACUUUCGAAGAUUAACCUGACAAUUCUUAAGACGGUAACAGUGCAAGGCUCUGUUACGGGAAUUUGCACGGUUCCUCAUGGGUUUCUUGUUGGAACGAUGAGCAGUAAUGUGUACCUUGUUGAGGGGGGGAACUUCCGUGCAGAGUUGCGUCUUACGUGCCACAGCGACACGAUAAAUGAUGUGGUUUUCCCUGAGGGGCUUAGCGCGCUCUUCGCAACGUGCUGCGGACCCGAUAUUAGAGUGUGGAACGCGGCAUCGUCGGCAGAGCUUCUGCGCAUUGAGAUAGCAGGGUUAACUUGCAACUGCAUUCAGUUCUCUAAGGAUGGUUCCAUGAUAGUUUCUGGCUGGGACGAUGGGAAACUUCGCGCUUUUGGCCCACAAAGUGGAAAACUGAUAUUUGCUGUUAAUGACGCCCACAAAAAAGAGGGACUGAAGUCCGCCAACGGGGUUACUGGCGUUACUGCUGUGUGCACGGACAACAGCUCCGAACGCAUCAUAUCUGGUGGUGCUGACGGGCUUGUUCGUGUAUGGCAGGUGCGGGAAACUCACUGCACACUUGAGGCCUCUUUGAGCGAGCACAAGGGAAUCGUGAAUGCCAUUGCCAUUACACGCGAUAACACGCAGUGUGUCAGCGCCAGCGAUGACGGUAGCUGCAUCGUGUGGGAUCUGGUGCGUCACGUCCGUCGGGAUGUGAUUUAUUCGCAAACAAGGUUCCGUGCGGUAGCGUACUACGUAGACGAAAGCCAGUUGCUCACUACAGGGACAAACAAAAAUAUCACCUGGUGGGAUUCCGUGGACUGUGGAGCCAUUCGCGAGGUUCCCGGAAGUAAGACAGCUGAAGUGAAUAGUCUUUCUUUGUCCACCGAUGGCCGCUUUUUCGUUUCGGGUGGCGCUGACCGUAUUGUAAAGGUUUGGGGGUACGACGAGGGCUCAUGCGCCGCUGUCGGUUUGGCACACAGCUGCAAUAUCACGAAAGUACGUGUUUCCCCCGACGGCAAGAAAAUUGUGUCCGUUGGUGACGAAGGCGCUAUUAUGAUUUGGUCUGUCUGUGACUUGGAGUUUAAGACGCUGUAA